AUGACGGACGCACGGUCCGCCUCAGAGGAUGAGAUCAGCUGUGCGAUGGCAUUGCAAGGGGCUCUAGGUGAUGGUGCGAGAAAGUUUGGGGCGGCAGAUAUUCGCAAGCUCGUCAAAAAUGGCUACAUCAAUGACGGCGAUCUGCAAGUCGCCACAAGAGAGGGACUGGAGAACUGUGAUCUGUGUCCAGCGCACGUCGACUGGAUCACAAACAGGGGCGCCACAGCAGGCGCACAUAGCCCGCAGAAGCCCCGAGUCCUCUGGGUGUCCCCCAAGAAGCACGCGCGAAACCGGCCCGGCCAACGCGGGACCGCAGUGCCCAAGAGAGUGCUGGUGGAUCCUCAAGGCUAUGUGCGCUACAACGACCUCGCUGCUGCCCUGGGAUUCCACUGGACCAGCCCCCGGGUGAUUUACCUGGGGGAUGAUCUAGUCGUGGCGAGCCGGCGGGGGGCGGAGGACAUUUUGGUGCACAUUGACUGGGAGCUGCUGAACAACAUGGGGUGCGACAUCAACAACCCCCAUCGAACUCUCCUCCACCGGUGCGCGCGCCCCAGGGGCUAUUGCAGCUGGCUGAGCCUAGUGAUGGAGUGGCAGACCUGGUUCCUGCUGGUGAGCGGGGGAGCGCUGACUCAGCUCAUCCAGGGGUUCAUGAACCGCGCGAUGCUGCGCGUCUUCUGA